UGAUAUCCUAGGGGCACCUUGUAGGGCUCUGCGUUGGCUAUGUGCACCAGGGCCUUUAAGUGCUACAUUCUGGCACCUUUUGAAGCAGGCAAGCUGUCGCCCACGAGGACCUGAGGAUGUUUCGCAAGAAGAAAAAGAAGAGGCCUGAUAUAUCAGCGCCCAAGAACUUUGAGCACCGUGUCCACACCUCAUUUGACUCCAAGCGUGGCUGCUUUGUUGGCCUGCCGACCCAAUGGCAGAGCCUGAUAGAGAACCUGCGCAGGCCUAAACCCAUGGUGGACCCUUCCAGGAUCACAGAGGUGGAGCUGAGGCCAAAGAAGACCAUUGUGCGGGGGAGCAUGAUCGGUCACGGAGACUACAUUGCAGCUAUGAUCAAUGAUAUGAACCGUCUGUCUGUGACCAGUUCUAACUCUUUGAGGAAGAGCAGCCCAUCAGCCAGAAAGAGGGCCCAGUCACUGGGAAGACUGGGGGAAGUGAACGAGAGAGAUACUUACCAGUACGAGGACCUGACUCAGGAUGAUGAAGAAGACGAGGAUAUGGGUCAAGACCAAUGGAGGGACAGGGCCAGGAACAUCCACAGUGAGACCAACACCCCCUACUUGGGCAUGAAGAAGAGCAUCACUCUGCAGCCUAAUGGGAUCUUGCCAAAGGCCAAGUCCACCUAUGAAGUCAGCGUCAGCUCCCUGGAGGGACCCUCACACCCGGUUCAGUCCCAGAACAUCCCAGUGCUAAGUCACGGGGCUUAUAUGAGCGGUGAGGUGGGCAGCCCUCAGGAAAGACUUAUAUGGAAGAGAGAUUUUCAGCAGCCCAGGGGAAUGCCACCAAAUCAGAGACCUAUAGCUUGUUUUUACAGCCCAGCUAUGGCUUUACAGCCGCCCCAUGGUGAUCAAGCGACAGUCGCAACGGAGCUGCGGCCCAACGUACCGAUGUACAUGCAACCCCAGAACAGCCCUGGGAGGCCGUUCUCCUCCUAUGACCUGAAAGCAGAGUCGGCAGUGAGGUACCACUCCAGCUUCCUGCCCACUGGCAACAGCAGUCCUCUUGUGGGCGGCAUCAGACCCCAGCGAACUGUGCGCUCCUCAGCUAGCUAUACGCUGGGCCUGUCUCCUAACAUGGGGCUGAGGCCCAAUGGGCCUGAUCCCUUUCUCAGGCACUCUGGAUGCCCCAAUCCUCCCUACCCCCGGCAAGACAGCCCUUCCCAGCCUCGACCCUCCCCUACAGGCUCACUAGCCACCAGUCCUCCAGGCACCUGCUCCCCUGCUUUCAGGCCCCCACAACAUCCUUCACCCAGACCACCACCAGACCCACCCAAGGUGACCCAUGAACAGUUUAAGGCGGCCCUGCAGAUGGUGGUAGACAAGGGCGAUCCACGGUCUUACCUGGAGAACUUUGUGAAGAUUGGGGAGGGCUCGACGGGGGUGGUGUGUAUUGCUACAGAGAAGCACAGCGGCAGGCAGGUGGCCGUGAAGAUGAUGGACUUGCGGCGGCAGCAGAGGAGGGAGUUACUAUUUAAUGAGGUGGUUAUCAUGAGGGACUAUCAGCACAGAAAUGUGGUGGAGAUGUUUAAGUCAGCCCUGGUGGAGGAGGAGCUGUGGGUUAUCAUGGAAUACCUGCAGGGUGGAGCACUGACUAACAUUGUGUCUGAAACCAGGCUGAGCGAAGAGCAGAUUGCUACAGUGUGUGAAGCUGUUCUGCAAGCCCUGGCCUAUCUACAUUCGCAGGGAGUCAUCCACAGAGACAUCAAGAGUGACUCUAUACUACUCACAUUAGAUGGAAGGGUAAAGCUUUCAGACUUUGGCUUCUGUGCUCAGAUCAGCAAGGACAUCCCUAAGAGGAAAUCUUUAGUGGGGACACCCUAUUGGAUGGCUCCUGAGGUCAUCUCCAAAUCACCAUAUGGCACUGAGGUGGACGUUUGGUCAAUGGGUAUCAUGGUGGUGGAGAUGGUGGAUGGAGAGCCCCCGUACUUCAGCGAAACCCCUGUAGCAGCUAUGAAGAGACUGAGGGAUGAGCUGGCUCCUACUGUCCGAAAUGUCAGCCAGAUCUCCCCAGUUCUAAAAGACUUCCUGGACCGUAUGCUGACUCGGGACCCCCUUGAGCGGGCCAGCGCCACUGACCUGCUGGAGCACCCCUUCCUGCUGCAGAGCGGCUCACCUCAGUGCCUGGUCCCUCUGGUGGAGCAGUACCGCAAGCGCAUGUCUCGUUGUUGACCCUGUGGGUCUCCCGCUCCCCAACACCCACCUUCAGUCUGACCUGUCCAGGUGAGGACCAGCACCGAGGUCCAACUGCUCUAGCACCUAAGCCAACUGGAGAUCAGCUCCAGAGAAGCAGACCCAGACAGCAUGUUGCUGCCAGAGUGAUGGUGGCAGGACGGAAAGUUUGGCUCACAGACACCGCAUGGUCUCAGGCAUGAGAGAAGCACUUUAGGAGUGAGUUAAAGGCAGCAUGCAAUUCUUCACCUCUCGACUCGGCUCAAUCUGAAUAUUGAUUGGCUUCCUGUAACAUUCAGUGGGAUUCAACACAACAUGGUGCAUAUCAACUGAUAGCAAAAAUCAAUAUUCCACGUAACUAAAUGUAAUGAACAUAUGCUACUCUAAAGAUCCUUUAUAGUGUUCAUAGUGGGCAUUAUUGCUAGCAGUGUAAAGCUUAUAAAGCUGGUGUUAGGCUUAAACCACAGUAGCUCAUUGUGACAUUGUUAAGGAAGUAUAAAGUUACCUCUGCACACUCACACUCUCUGUUGUGGAAACUAGACAACAACCUGGUCAGUACACUUCACAAAAACUGACAGUAGACUCUUUGCAUGGCCAAAUGGAGGCACACCUGGCCUGAUGUGAAUGCUUGAAUAUGAACCAAACUGGGAAGUGAAAGACAAUUCUCCUUUGUUAGAAUAAUAAAUGGGUAGAUGAAAGCCCAGCUGCUACUAUUGGGCUAUUGGAAAAUUUACCAGUACCGUAUUCCUCUUUUUCAUAUUUAUUCUUUAUUUACAAAAGGUGUUGUGGGUUGUUUGUAUGAUGUGAAGUUGCAAAUAAGGUUUCAUUAUUAUGUAUGGAAUUGAAACAGAGCAGCAGAUAAAUAAAUAAUGUAAAUGUAAAUACAGAAUAUCAGGUCCUUGUCCCUGCUACUGCAGUCAAUUAUAUAUGAUAAAUUCAAAUUUUUACUUUUCUUUACUGAAAUGUGAGUGUAUAGUUGUAUGUAUGUGUGCAUGUGUGUAUGAGCACAUGGGCACAUGGAUGUGUGUGAGUUGACAUCUCAGUGUUUGCUUCUGAUACAACCCUCUUUGUAUUGUGACAGACUUUUUAAAAGGUGUGGGUGUUGCUCCUCCAGAAGUUGUGUAUGACUGUAUUUGCAUUUGUUUGCCUAGAUAAAGCACACAGGCCUGGCAUGUG